UGUGUGAGACAGAGACACACACCUGUGAGAGGGACAUGCGCGCUCAUGUGAAUGCGCGCUCACGGUAGAGGCGAAUCUGUACGUUUAACAGGUGUCUGCAAAACAAGUCUAAAGUCAGACGCUGUUCAUUUGAAUCGGAAUGAACACGUGGAAAAUGGAUUGUUUUGCUCUACUUUGAGUAUGUUACACCUCUGACACCGAAGUAACCUAAUUUCAGCGGAUUCCUGGAGCAGAGGACGGAGCGCGUGUUGGGACGUUUUUAAUGAAUAUGGGUUGCGCUUUGGCUGGAUCCUGCUGACUUUAGCUUUGCUUCACUGCCUUUGAAAACUGCGAGGAAUAUAGAACUGGGAAAGGAUUAUUUAUUUUUGCAAUUUUUUCUGGAUUACCCAGUUUAAGAGAACCACAGAACUUUUCCCCUUUAAUGACGUAUGUAUGUGUGUGAAAUAAACCUGGACACCUGAGACUUCGUGUUAGGAGGAAAACCCAAGUGGACUAUGGCAGUGUUAAGUCGUUUGAGGAUUUUACUUAUCUGGAAUUUGUUGGUCUGUGUAACUGGUGGAACAUUAGUGGAACCCACUAGUGCAAAUGUGUAUACAACAGCAGAAGAAGAAGUGAUCCUGCCGUGUAAGGUUCUGCCAUCAGAAGGUGAAGUGAUCGUUCAGGUUAUCUGGAUGCACAUUAAGCCAGAUGGGAGCGAAGAGCAGAUCAUAACUGUUCAUCAUGAGGCUGGACAGCUAGAAUCUCCUGCUUAUGCAGGCCGCGUGCGCUUUGAAUCCAGCACCCCCAUGAUCGAUUCUUCUCUGAGGAUCCUGAACACUAAGCUUUCCGAUGAGGGACGCUAUGUCUGUACCAUUGCUAUAUUUCCUAGUGGAAGUGUAAAAAAACAAGUGUCUCUUACUGUGUGGACUAAGCCCAUCUCGACAUUGGACCCUUUCGUUCUAGUAGAGGGACAGCCUUUUCGACUGGCCGCCACCUGCCGUGCAAUGGCUAAACCUCAGGCUGGUCUCUCGUGGGACACAGAUUUGCCCGGCCAGAGCCAGAACCGCAGUCUGGAAAAUGGCGUUACUUCCAUCCAAUACUCUCUUCACCCUCUGAGGAGUAUGAAUGGGCGCAAGCUGGACUGUCUUGUCUGGCAUCCUUCUCUACAAAGUCCACUGAGGAUCGAAAAUAAACUCGAAGUGCAAUACCCACCGGAUGCAACAAUCUCAGGUUAUGAUGAGAACUGGUAUGUAGGUCUGGAGGGUGCGCAACUACAGUGUGAGGCGGGAGGAAAACCCAAACCACACAACUUCACCUGGACCAGGAAAGAUGGCAGUUUACCAGAUGGUGUGACCGUGGAGAACGAAAUAAUGCGAUUUGACAGGCCUCUCAGAUUAACAGACAAUGGAACGUAUGAAUGUGUGGCCACCAAUACUGUGGGUUCUGAGAAAGUGCACCUGAAAAUCGAAGUAACAGAGGAACCCAAAAAUCCGACAUCGUUAAACAGCCUCCUGCUGAUCAUCACUGGAGCAGUUGCGGGGCUUUUGGUGCUCAUCCUAGUGAUUGUAGUAAUAACAGUAAACCGACAUCACAAGCGGAAAAACCAACAGCUGGCUUUGGAGCUGAAUGAGAAAAAGGAAGAAAUUAGCACUCUAUCCAGACAGGCCUCGAUCAGAAGAGUUGCCUCAACCAGCAUAGAUAAUAAAUACCAGAUGGAAGAGCUCAUACCAUUAAGAGUUGAAGGAACAAUACGGACCAGCCUCAGUUCAUUGGAUCGACCCCGCUCUCGAGACAGCCAUUCCACUUUAGGUGGAGUAGACAGUCUGGGUCGACCUGCCCUUUAUAACACAUCCAGACGAGGCAGGGAACGAACGAUGGACAGAGAGAAAGAUUUAGAGCGAGUUCCCAGUCGAGUGAAAGUGGACCCUUAUGGCAGGAACAGCGAUGCAUCUUUGGUGCAUCCGGAGAGCCACUUCCACCCUCCUCUACAGCUUUCCAAUUUUUCAGUGGAGCAGACUGCUGAAAUUAUCCGGUCUCGAAACGGUAGCGCCAUCCUACCAGCAGAUGGCAGACCACAAUCAGGAGGAGGCAGCAUAACUAGCAUCAGAGCAGGCAGCAGAGGGCAUCAUUCCCCAUUAAAUUUAACCUACCCCAUGCUUCCAGAUGACGAAGACAUGAGGCCAGUCGAUGAAGCGUCAGAGUUUUCCAGGGGCCAAAUUGAACCCGACGGCAUGGAUAACGGAGGCAGCGAGACGGCAAGCUCGCAAAUCUCAGAAGCAAUGUCCAAUCACUUUGAGCAUACUAACGGUACGCUGUGGCCCAAGGCGAAACCAAACAACAUCUUAUUAGCACCAGAGACCACUCGAUUACACCCUGUACAUUCAAACAUGAAUCAUCACGCGCCUCAGAUAGUGUAACUCUCAGAAUUCAACACUGGGAACUAUCAUUGAGCCACAACGUACUGGCUGCCAUUCAUAUGCUUUUUUGUGGAUUCUGAAAGACCUGGAAGAAAUACUGAGAUUGGAACUUUGGCAAGGGAACUGAAAGUUUCACAGCAAAACUACUACUACAAAAGCUCAAUGUGAUGUUUUGCGAUUCAUGCCAGCGACUUAUCAUCUGUAAAAAUACAUAUAUAUCUAUUUUUAUAUGACAUAUACUUGGAUCGAGUGGUAUUAAGUGUGGGGCUGACUUUCCCUGACUGCAUGUUUCCAAUGCGCACACGCUUUAUUGUGGAUGAGUAUUAUCUAAUCGAACACUUUCAAAUGCGAGAAAGGAAAGCCGUGACUGUGAAACGAUGCCACGACAAAGAGAGUGAACUGUGUCGUCCUGUUCGUCUUGCGGAUUAAACGUCUGUUUACCUGGUAACUUUUCUUUUAGCCUUCGAGGAAUUACAAUGGCAUGAGCUGUGAGCUAUGUCUUCUUAUAACUAUAUAAAAGUAACAGUAUAUGCUGACAUGAAGUAUUAUUUGUAAAUGUUAUGAAUUAAGUCAGCCAAUUUUGCUCAUGGUUUAGGUCUUAGGUCUUAAAAUGUGCUUAGAGUGAACAUUAUAAGUACAUAUAAAUGUUAACCACUUACACUCAUACUUCCACUGCUCACAUAAUGCAAUAUUAGUAUAAUAAUUUUGGAUGUACAGUUGCUGGAUGAUAAAGGGUUCAGGGAUGUAAAAGAUGGGAAUGCCGAGACCAAUUAGUUUAUUAAAUUAGAGGGCUUACUUUAAAAAAAAAAUUAAAAAAAAGUAUUCAAUGCUUUAUCUCUGUAUAUGAGGACAAGCUUUACCUGCUGUUUACAUAUAUAUAUAUAUAUAUAUAUAUAUAUAUAUAUAUAUAUAUAUAUAUAUAUAUAAUAUAAUUUGUUUUGUGUGUGUGAAAAGAUAGAAAUCUGUGUGAAACUGUUACAUUACCCUGUUGCUUGUAUGUUGCCUCUGUGCUGCUGAAUAGUGCUUGGAGUGGGAGAAAUAGUGCUAUGUCUGCAAAAUAUGUGUUUGUAAAUGCCAAUGUAAUAUGCAGUGUAAUAUUAUAUGUUUCGUUAUUUCUAUACAUUCUUGACAGAUUAUUGUGCUUGUUCCUUGACACAGUGGACAAACCACAAAGGUGCAUUACGAUGAAAAAAGUAAACCUGGUCAUGGUCAUUGUAGAUUCGAAACCUAUCCCAGGAUCACAAGCUGUGAAUCAGGCACACAGAUGAGAUGAAAAGGAGUUUUACAUUGGGGUGAUGUAACAUGCGCUCGGCUGUCACUCUGCUGUAUUAUCUCUGACAUACAACACUUUUCUUACUACAACACUUAUUAAUACUAUUAUUAUUAUUGCAACUGCAGCUGCAUUUGAAAUCAAAGGAAUCCCCAGUACCCACAUCAGGCACACUUUCUUUCGCACCUUUUGCAUAUGGGAAGUUUAGUGUUGCCACACCCCACACAUAGAGGCUUUUACAGGGAGGCAGCAGUGUGCCACUCUUGUGCCUGUCACUAAAUUCUAACUGUAAUAAAAUCAUUAUGUUUAAGUUUUA